AUGUCCUCGACGAGAUCCCGGCUCGCCGCCGCAGCCGCAGCCGUCGGCGUCGGCGCCCUGCUCUACGCCCGCGCGCGGAGGCGGCGGUCGAGCGCCGCGGAGGCACUGGAGCCCAAAACCACGGCCGAAGUCGCCCGGCGCGUCGAGCUGAGCGUGUUGCGCUUGUGCCGCGUCGCGCACCGCGGCGCCCGGGACCACGGCGGCGAGGUGGUUUUGGUGACGAACAACAACUUCGCCCUGGCGCCGACGAUCUUCCGCAACGUGUCGAGCCCCCUCGCGCGCGCGGUCCUGACGUCGAAGCUCUCGCGCGAGCCGUUCUGGCGCGACGCCGUUGCUCAAACUAUCUUCAAGGCCUUCGCGAAGAUCCCCCGCGCGCCGGACUACGCGCCGCCGCUGCUCCAGUUCAUGAACGAGGACUGCGACUUCGCCAUGGAGCACGCGGACGGCAGCUUCAUGGACCACUUGCAGUUCUGCUUCGAGUACUCGGCCGCGCACUUCCCGGGCGAGUCGCCGAACGUGCUGCUGCUCCACUCCGUGCUCGGCGUGGGCACGAACUACUUCCCCUGCGACGCGUCGAAGAUCCCCAAGCUCAAGGCCCUGCUCACGGCGCGGGAGUUCACGCAGGUGGAGGCGUUCCCGAGUUUAUUACGCCUAAUCGUCCGCGGCGCGUUCCUCCCGGCGCUGGCGGCCUUCGAGGGGCCCCUGGCGUCCGUGGAGCUGCACCGCGUCAUCGACAACAAGCGGCUCGUGCUGUCGGGCGACGAUUUGUGGACCGCGCUGAACUACCAGCUCGUCCACCUGCUCGACUUCCUGCCCGCGGCGGACUGGCGCGCGGAGAUCGACAAGGACCUCUUCCUCAUGAACUUCGCGGCGCUCCACGCGCUCCUCGUGGCCAAGGGCAAGCUCGUCGCGCGCGUCGACUUCGACCUCGCCCAGGCGCUCGCCCCGGCGCCGUCGCCGUUCGCGCCGGACCCGAAGCGGUUGAGCCUCGGCGACCUCAUCCGCGACUACGUCCCCAGCGCCAUCCAGGCCGCCAUCGGCAGGAAGGAGAUCGCCAAGUACAGCAAGGCCAUCGGCCACGACCUCGCCUUCGCCGUCAAGCCGCCGCGUUCGCGCGACUUCCACGCGGACGGCACCGCCGCGCGGUCGCCGUCGAAGAAGGCCGCCGCCUAG